AUGAAUGUUUGCUUUGUAGAACUAUUAAAAUCUCCAGAAAAAUCCGUAAUUCUGCAAUUCCAUGAGAACUACUUCUCUACAGCGGUCCAAGGAACCAUCUUCCCAGCUCCAAAUUUCAAUCCUGUGAUGGAUGCGCAAAUGCUAGGAGGAGCACUCCAGGGAUUUGACUGCAACAAGGACAUGCUGAUCGACAUCCUAACGCAACGCAGCAAUGCACAGCGGCAGAUGAUUGCUGGGGCCUACCAGAGCAUGUAUGGCAGGGACCUGAUUACAGAUCUGAAGGAGCAACUUUCAUCCCACUUCAAAGAAGUGAUGGUGGGCUUGAUGUACCCGCCACCAUCUUACGACGCUCAUGAACUCUGGCAUGCCAUGAAGGGUGCAGGCACUGAUGAGAAUUGCCUCAUUGAAAUAUUAGCUUCAAGAACAAAUGGGGAGAUUUUCCAGAUGCGAGAAGCCUACUGCUUACAAUACAGCAAUAACCUUCAGGAGGACAUUUAUUCAGAGACCUCGGGACACUUCAGAGAUACUCUCAUGAACUUGGUUCAGGGAACCAGGGAGGAAGGAUUCGCAGAUCCUGCGAUGGCUGCUCAGGAUGCUGUGGUCCUGUGGGAAGCCUGCCAGCAGAAGACUGGAGAACAUAAAACCAUGCUACAGAUGAUCUUAUGCAACAAGAGCUACCCACAGCUCUGGCUGGUUUUCCAGGAAUUUCAAAAUAUUUCUGGCCAAGACUUGGUGAAUGCCAUCAAUGACUGUUACGAUGGCUACUUCCAGGAGCUGCUGGUUGCAAUUGUUCGCUGUGUCCAGGACAAAGCAACCUAUUUUGCUUAUAAAUUAUACAGGGCAAUCCAUGACUUUGGCUUCCAUAAUAAAACUGUCAUCAGGAUUCUGAUCGCCAGAAGUGAGAUAGACCUAAUGACCAUAAGGAAACGCUACAAAGAGAGAUUUGGGAAAUCCCUGUUUCAUGAUAUCAAAAAUUUUGCUUCAGGGCACUAUGAAAAAGCACUGCUUGCCAUCUGUGCUGGUGAUGUGGAAGACUACUAAAAUAAGUAAAGAUUUGAAGGUCUUGAAACCCUCUUUACAGACACCUCAGAUACAAACUGUUGAACUUGUGCUGUUAUUGACACUGAAACAAAACUAUAAAAUCAUACUUUUCUUCUAUCUCUAAAAUUAUUCUAAGACAAAAAAUCUACUCUUGAAAAUAUGUAAUCCUGGAUUUGCACC